AUAUGCACGAUAAGUGGGAGGAAAAGUCAAAAUCAGCUGUAAUCUCCCUACUUAAAUGUGACUGAUUUUUUUAUUGAAAUGAUUGGUGUUUCACGUGCUGAAAAUCACAUUCAUGCAUUAUCAUCACCAAUUUCCUUCAAUUUUAUCGCUCAAAUGUGGUGCCAUUUACAUUGCAAUUGAAAAAAUAUCAAUGUCAAGCUGAUGUCCUCCCCAUUAUCUGCAUGUAUGUGUGUGUUUAUAUGAAAUACACGUAUCGUAUCGUAUUUUUUUCGAAUAAUUUCUUCUUGUCAUUUGUCCCGAUGUACACACGUGCAAUUUUCAUCGCUUUCAAAACAUGAAUAUCAUCAGCAACCUGUUUUCAUUCUCCAAUUCAAAUCAACCAAAACCAGAUAAUUUCGAUCAUUUUCACAAUCAUAAAACCACGUCUAUGUAAUUUUAUUUUUCGCAUUGUUUGCAAAUCGUAAUUAGUGUGUAUUUGUUCAUUCAUUCAUUUCAUCCAUCACCAAACAAAUACAUACCAGUUUCAUAUCAUUGAAUAAGCAAAUAACACACAAAUUUCUAGUGGUGUAUAGUGUAUUAAGAAUAGUUUUGAGGAGAGUUUUGGUGGAGAAAGUGGAAAAAAAUAGUGAUAAUCUACUAGCUUCAUCAUGUCUUCAGACUUAAAACAGAACAAAGUAUCACGAUGGUAUUUCGGUGGUAUGGCAAGUGGUGGAGCCGCUUGUUUUACACAUCCAUUGGAUUUAUUGAAAGUGACACUACAAACACAACAAGAGGGGAAACUGUCCAUAUUGCAAUUAACGGGUAAAAUAAUCCGAGAACGUGGUGUAUUUGCUCUCUAUAAUGGAUUAUCGGCAUCGAUGUUGCGUCAAUUAACCUAUUCAACAACACGAUUUGGUCUGUACGAAAUCGGAAAAGAGGAUUAUGGAAAAGGUUUCAUGGGAAAAGUGAUGUUGGCCGGAGCAUCGGGCGCUGCUGGAGGUUUUGUCGGAACACCAGGUGAUAUGAUAAACGUCCGCAUGCAAAACGAUGUCAAGCUGCCACCAGAACAAAGAAGAAACUAUAAACAUGCCAUCGACGGUUUGAUGCGAGUCCAUCGUGAAGAAGGAUUUCGACGUUUAUUCUCCGGUGCGACAAGUGCAACGGGUCGUGGUCUAUUAAUGACGGUUGGACAAAUUGCCUUUUACGAUCAAGUGAAGAAAAUGCUUUUGUCGACGGGUUACUUCAAAGAUGAUCCACGUUUACAUUUCUUAUCAUCGUUAGCAGCUGGUGCUAUUGCCACUGUUCUGACACAACCAUUGGAUGUGAUUAAAACAAGAAGCAUGAAUGCUGCACCCGGUGAAUUUAAUGGGCUUCUUGCAAUUGUUGCUCAUACGGCCAAACUCGGUCCGAUGGGCUUCUUUAAAGGUUUCGUGCCAGCAUUCGUGCGUCUUGGUCCACACACAGUGAUCACAUUUUUAUUGCUUGAACAGUUACGCUUAAAUUUUGGAACAUUGCCGGCCACUCAAAAACUUCAAGCAUGAUCACCAACCAAUUGAUAUUUGUUUUUAAAUAGAGAAGAAGAAGAAGAAGAAAAACAUGAAAACAUUGAACAAUAAUUUUAUUGAUAAUAAUGAUAAACCAUGAUGAUAAUAAUGAUAAUAAUAGCUUUCGUUCCUUUUUUCCUUCGGUGCUUGUUACUAUAUGUACAUAUAAAUGUGUAAAUAUGUGUGUUUUCAAGAAAACAAAGCAAAAAAAAAACAAAAAAAAAAACAUUUCAAUCGUUUACAAAUUGUUAAAUGUAAUUUUUCAAGGAAGAUAGCUUUGAUUAUUGUUGAAAGAGAGAUCGCGCUUUUACAAUUACUCAUAUAUUGUAUUUGUUUUGUUGUUGUUGUUUUUAUUAUUAUUUUAAAUUUUUGUUAUUGUGCAUGGAUGAAAUCUAUCCAUAUACGCGUAUACUUAGAAUAAAUAAAACAAAGAAUGCUUUGUUGUCGAUGAACAAUUCUAAUAUAUAAA